AUGCCGUCGAAUGCGAGCGAGUAUGGGGUUUCGUCCCCCGUUGAGUACGUUCUUGGGUCUCCGGAUACCUCGAGCACACCCCCUGAAUCGGAUGAUGAAUCUAUCUCACCCAACCUUUCCUUCAUAAAGGGGCGUGUCACUUCAGCACGCAAAUCCGUGCGCAUUCCGGAUCUAUGUUCCUCAAUUCUCUCAACUGAACCUGUUGUCAACGCCAACUAUGAGAAGGUCAAGCUUGAGGCAGACAAUUGGAUCAAGGAGGUGUUCCAAUUUGAUGAGACCGCAGCCAAGAAGAACGUCAAAGCUGAUUUUGCUCUGAUGUGCGCGCUUUCGGCUCCAUAUGCUGACACAGAGGCCCUUCGCAUGAUGGUCGACUGGCACAAUUGGGUAUUCAUCUUUGAUGACCAAUUUGAUGAGGGUCACCUUAAAAACGACCCAGUCAAAGCCAAGGAAGAGUUGGAUGCUCACUGGGCCAUCCUGGAGGACCGGAACCCACCGGUGCAGCAACAUGAGAACCCGAUCAGAUAUGUCUUUCAGACGACCUGGGAUCGUGUGAAGAAGAGAUCAUCAGAAGACUUGCAAGAGCAUUGGAAAGUUUCCCACAAGAUGUACUUUGAUGGACUUCUCGGCCAAGUGAAGGUGGCACAUUCGCAAUCCGCCUUCACACUCACUGUUGAUGAGUACAUGAACUUCCGACGUGCUACGAUUGGAACAGAGCCAUCAUUUGCCCUUGUCGAUGUCAACGACAUUCUGUCAUAUCGCAAAGACUUGGAACAAGGAGGUGAGCAUAACCUCAUCUUGCUGCUCAGGGCCCAAGGCUUUAGCGAACAGGAAGCCAUUGAUCAGAUUGGUGAUAUGAUACUGGAGUGCUACCGAUCAUGGUACAGGGCCUUAGCGGAACUGCCAGUUUGGGGUGAAAGUGUGGACAAGGAAGUGCUCAGAUACAUUGAGGCUUGCCGUACUAUUGCUCUUGGCAACCUCAAUUUCACGUACACGAGUGAGCGAUACCUUGGCCAUGAGGGAGCUCAAAUUCGUGAGACUCGCAUCAUGUCGCUUCCUGCCUAG